AUGGGCUGUUCUCGAAUCUUCAGAAGCCUUCGACGCUGCAAAAGCCUGACCGAUAGCGACACCCCCUCACAAUUGUCUCGAUGUUUAGGCCUCGUAGACCUCACAGCUUUAGGCGUCGGCAGCACGUUAGGACUAGGCGUCUAUGUGUUGGCUGGUGCUGUGGCGAAGAAUGAAGCGGGACCAGCUGUUACCAUUAGUUUUCUGGUGGCUGCAAUAGCUUCAGCUUUUGCCGGCUUAUGCUACGCAGAAUUCGCGGCGCGAGUGCCAAAAGCAGGGUCUGCGUAUGUGUACAGUUACGUCAGCGUUGGAGAGUUCAUAGCGUUCUCCAUUGGAUGGAAUCUAAUACUGGAGUAUGUUAUUGGCACUGCCAGUGUUGCCAAAGGUAUGUCCAACUACAUCGACACCCUGUUCAACAAAACGAUGGAAACUACGAUGACAGAACUGGCACCCAUCAACGUCUCCUUUCUCGCUAAAUAUCCUGACUUCUUCGCCUUCACCUUGGUCAUGCUCAUCACAAUCCUACUGGCUAUCGGCGUACGCGAGUCAACGAAGUUGAACAACGUAUUUACAGCCCUUAACAUCACUACUGUCAUCAUAGUAGUGGUUGCCGGCGCAAUUAAAAGUGAUCCAGCAAACUGGCGAAUAAAACCAGAAGAAAUACCUGAAGAAUACAAGGCUAAAGCAGGCGAAGGAGGUUUCAUGCCCUGGGGUUUCGCAGGGGUCAUGACUGGGGCCGCCAAGUGCUUCUUUGGAUUUGUGGGCUUUGACUGCGUGGCCACCACUGGUGAAGAAGCGAAAAACCCAAAAAGAGAUAUACCAUUGUCUAUAGUCUUGUCGCUGUUGAUUAUCUUCGCAUCGUAUUUUAGUGUAGCCACUGUACUGACUAUGAUGUGGCCUUAUUAUUUACAG